CGGGCGGCCGCGCGAGGCUCAGGUGGGUGCCGGUGGGCGGCACCGAGGCCGUGCGCGGGGUCCCGCGGGCCCUUCGCUGUGCCGCACGCUGCCAAUUUCGAGUGUCGUUGGAGGAAAUUUAAUUAACCCGAGAGCUAUAAAUCCAGGACCGCCGCGGGGAGGUUGUGAAUUGCGCGCGCGCGAGAGCGUGUACAUCAGAGGAAGCCAAAAGCCAGCUAGAAUAGAAUGAAGUUUAUAUCGAAGGCGAGAAACCAUCUGGUUCAGGGAAGCUUUUUCAUCUCCGAUGCACAGUCAGUUGCAAGAUGACCGGCUGGCCACUCUAGUGUCCCCUCUGCAUUUCCCAACUCUGUUCUUUCUGACAUUGAAGCUUCACAGUUCUGACUGAGGAAUGAGAGAAGAGAAUUAAUGAAUGAGAGAAUGAGAGAAGAGGCCAUGAGCAGGUGCCUUUACACCUCUGCCUGAAUCGUGUAAUUAAGAUGCUCUGGUUUCAAAGAAAUAGCAUGGAACUUGUCAAAUCCUCCUUUGGACUCUUCUUGAAAAAUCUCUCGGCCUCUAAAACAACUCUGCCCGUGCUGACCUUAUUCACAAAGGACCCAUGCCCCCUUUGUGAGGAAGCCAAGGAAGCACUGGAGCCUUACAAAAACAGGUUUAUUUUACAGGAGGUGGACAUCACACUUCCAGAAAACUCUGCUUGGUAUGAAAGAUACAAAUUUGAUAUUCCUGUCUUCCAUUUGAAUGGCCAGUUUCUGAUGAUGCAUCGAGUAAACACCUCAAAACUUGAGAAGCAGCUCCUGAAACUUGAGCAGCAGAGUGCUGGAGACUGACUAACGUGCUCCUGAUUUCCAGCCCUCUCUUUCCCAAAAGCAUCUUUUGAGGAAAUAUC